CGAAUAACGUGACACGAUGUUGUUAUUGAAAGUGUCAGGUAAUUAUUGUGUCAGCCAAAACAAUUCUCCCUUGUACGCUGACAUAUGAAACCUGUCAUAUGUGUUUAUGUCUCUGGCGUCCAUAAAAUGAAAUACUGUGGUCUCGAGAUGACUGAGUAUUAAAGUGUCCAGUGAAUUCAUUCAUGUUAAUGUUAACAGGAAGACCACCUCAAUCCCACCGACACACCUUCUUUUUAGGUAGCAGAGUCUGGGGAUUCUGAGCUGGGCUUUUCCAUCUCUGGAGUUGAACUCACCAAGUAUUAAUUGCUGUUUAGGACCACCUAGUGGUCGCUGGCACUGAGGAGAUGCUUUGUUUGCUUCUGCCUUGAACUCAGUCAGGUGUACUCCAUGCAGAAUCAGAUGUGCGACAUGAAGAAGGAGCUGGACAAGGAGAAGAAUUUGUGUGAGGCUCAAAUUGAGAACAAAACAUCAGGUUGCAGCGGGAUGUGGGACAAGAUCACCUGCUGGCCAAAUGCUGAGGUUGGGGAAGUGGUCACCAUCCCGUGCCCCAAAUAUCUCUUCUACUUCUCCAGGGAGAUUCCCACACGAAACCUGUCCAAGACCUGCACCGAAGACGGCUGGACUCCAAUUAGCAUCGACUCCUACACCAUGGACUGCGGCUACAAUCCCAACAGCACUGUGGAUGACGAUGACACGGGAGACUUCUUUGACGCCGUCAAAGUGGGUUACACCAUCGGUCACAGUGUGUCGCUUAUUUCUCUCACCGUCGCCAUCAUCAUCCUGUGCCUCUUUCGGAAGCUGCACUGCACAAGAAACUACAUCCACAUGCAUCUGUUUGUGUCGUUCAUUCUCAAAGCCAUCGCCGUGUUCAUCAAGGACGUGGUUCUGUAUGAAAUUGGCGAGACGGACCACUGCCACUCCUCUCUGGGCUGUAAGGCUGUGGUGGUAUUCUUCCAAUAUGGAAUCAUGGCCAGUUACUUCUGGCUGCUGGUAGAAGGCCUCUAUCUCCAUGCGCUCCUCACCGUCUCCUUCUUCUCGGAGAGGAAGUACUUCUGGUGGUACAUCCUGAUUGGCUGGGUGGCUCCAAGCAUCUUUAUCUCAGCAUGGGCGAUUACAAAGGCUUAUUUGAAUGAUCUUGGAUGCUGGGAGAUUAUUGAUGACAAACCUUGGUGGAUCAUCAAAACGCCCAUCCUUGUCACUAUUCUUGUCAACUUUUUCCUCUUCAUCUGUAUAAUCCGCAUUUUACGGCAGAAGAUGAAUUGUCCCGACAUUGGAAGAAAGGAAUCAAAUCAGUACUCGAGACUGGCUAAAUCCACACUGCUCUUGAUUCCUCUCUUUGGGAUCAACUACAUCAUUUUUGCCUUCAUUCCCGACCACAUCCACCCACAGCUGAGGAUGGUGUUUGAUCUUAUCCUUGGUUCAUUUCAGGGUUUCGUAGUGGCUGUCUUGUACUGUUUCCUUAAUGGGGAGGUACAGGCGGAGAUUAAGCGUAAGUGGCGCAGAUGGAUGUUGCAGCGCUUCCUGGGUGCAGACACCAAGUACCAGCAGCCCUCCAUCGGCAGCAAUGGCAACAACUUUAGCACUCAGAUCACCAUGCUAACCAAAUGCAGCCCCACCGCCCGACGAGCGUCUGCGUGUCACGAGCACUUCUCAGCCAUCUGACACGGAAACAAAAGCUCUGCUCUGCACACCCUCAAAGUCCACUUCCAUGUUGGUGUCCCUUAAGGUCAGUACGACCUUUUGCUUUGGUGUGAUUCCUUCUACCAGCUGUGAAAGUGCAUCACUUUUUUUGUUACCGUGUCAUGUGGAAGACAGGGACAGUACAAGGGAUCAGACAGUAUAAAGAGCAUAAUAAAGCAUAAUAUUAAAUAUAUAAUACUAAAAUAUAAUAUUUAUAUUAUAUAUAUAUUACAUUA